GAAACCAUUUAAUAAUAAAAUUUUAUAUUAUACGAUUAGAUAGUUCACGUGUACACAGUUAUCUUUCUUGUUUUUUUAUGGAUUUUGUUGUUUUAAAAGAUGAGUCAGGAAGAGCAACCUAAAAAUGUAUCCAACCGAGAGGUUCAGCCUGGUUUCUGUUCUGCAACUUGCACCGAUAGGGCAAGUCUUCGACAGGAAAUAAAUAAGUCUGAACUAAAGACAUCGGAUCUGUUUCAUACAUGUAAUCUGCCGAAGAGAUUUGAGCAUCCUCAUUGGUUCAACGGAUAUGGAUGUCAAGUUAGUAAGCAGCAUCCAUUUUACAGAACGUCAGCGAGCGAAUACGGAUGGUAUCCGCCUGGCUGGCACUCGGUUCCCACAGUGUAUUUUCCAAAAAACCAAGAAUUUUCUAAUUUUCUGGCGGGUGCAGGCAUGUACCGCAACUAUUCACUCAACACAUCGAAGGAUCCGUCGCAGUUGAAUUAAGGUUUUAAUUGAAUGAGUUAGAAGAUAGUGAUCAAUUGAAAUGAUUUAUUAAUUUUAAGCAUGACGCACAAUUGCACUGUUUUGUUUUAAUUGUUUAAGCUUAACAUUUUAUGUUUAAAUGUAAUAGUUAUAUAAUAAUUUAUGUUG